GACAAUUGACAUACCCUUCAAAUCAAAAGAAAACAGGUUAGCUGUUAUUUUAUUUUCAAAUAUCUAUUUUAUUAUUUAUAAAAAAGAACACUUUAAAAUCUUUUCAAAAUGUCUGGUGGUAUGUUAUAUGGUGGUGAUGAAAUCGGUGCUUUGGUCUUCGAUCCAGGUCAUCAUUCAUUACGAGUGGGUUAUGCUCAGGAAGAUACACCAAAGGCUGAAAUACCCGCUGUGGUCGGGGUUGCCUCGGAUGAUGUUAAAACAGAACCCGAAAUUAAACCUGAAGAAAAUAAUGUUUCAUCAACUCCGUCUUCCAAUAAGUACUAUAUUGAUACAACGUUUUUGCACUUGCCAAAACCCAAUAUGGAACUCCACAGUUACAUGAAAGAUGGAAUGAUUGAGAAUUGGGACUUGUUUGAACAAAUUUUAGAUUACUCAUAUGAAAAGAUUAUACAGUCUGAAUCUCACUUCCAUCCUGUUCUGUUUUCUGAAUCUCCUUGGAAUCAAAGACAGAAAAGGGAAAAGUUGACAGAACUGAUGUUUGAAAAAUAUAAAGUACCUGCCUUCUUUUUAGUGAAAAAUGCAGCUUUGGCAGCAUUUGCCAAUGGAAGGGCAACUGCCUUAGUUAUUGACAGUGGGGCAACACACACUUCAGCAGUACCUGUCCUAGAUGGCUAUGUUAUAACCAAUGCAGUAGUCAAAUCUCCAUUGGGAGGUGACCUGUUAGUUCUUCGAGCUAGGGAAAUGUUGGAAAGUAUUGGGGUAGAUUUAACUCCAGCUGCUCUGAUUGCCAGCAAAGAAGUUAUCAGAGAAAAGGAAAAGCCCAAAUUCACUAAGAAGAAAUUCAAUUUUCAGCCAACCAAUUCUUGGAUGACCUACAUGGUGAAGAGAACUGUGCAGGACUUUCAACAAACAGUAUUACAGGUGUCUGAAAAUCCUUAUGAUGAAAAGGUAGCUAUGAACAUUCCAGCUGUUCAGUAUGAAUUCCCCACUGGAUACCAUCAAGAUUUUGGCCCAGAAAGGUUCAAAUUAGCUGAAGGUCUAUUUGACCACCCUAUGUUAGGGGCAGGAUAUAUUGCCUCCACAAGUGCAGGAAUGUGUGAUGUAGACAUUAGGCCAGCUUUAUAUAGUUCAGUUGUGCUGACAGGGGGAAAUUCCCUUGUACAGGGAUUUAGUGAUAGACUGAGCCGAGACCUAUCCUCGCGGACUCCAGGAUCGAUGCGACUGAAGAUGAUCGCAGCCAACGGAACUGUGGAGCGGAGAUUCGGUGCGUGGGUUGGUGGAUCUAUUUUAGCUUCGAUCGGCACCUUCCAACAGAUGUGGGUGUCGGCACAGGAGUACCAGGAGUGUGGGAAGGCCCAAAUCGAUCGAAAGUGCCCUUAGAUUUUCAUCUAUCAGACUAUUUUUUAUUAUCACAGUUCAUACCAUAAUUUCAACACCCAAAGUUAGAUUAAGUUUACAAUCAUAUUUUUACAGUAAUUCAAUAAACAUUGAGACCAAUAUACAUAAAUA